GGCCCCAGAGCAGCAGUGGGACGCCGAGCCAGGCUCCAGCACGUUCGUGGGGCAGGGGGACAUGGCGCCUGGCCCUACUGCAUCUGUGGGGCAGAGACAUGCAAUCUCUGAGCCCACUGCAUCUGUGGGGCAGGGAGACGUGCUGCAAGGCUCUCCCAUGCCCGUGGGGCAGGAGGACAUGGUGCCUGGCCCUACUGCAUCUGUGGGGUGGGGAGACGUGGCGCGAGGCUCUUGCAGGCCUGUGGGGCAGGAGGACAUGGUGCCUGACCCUACUGCAUCUGUGGGGCGGGGAGACGUGGCGCGAGGCUCUCCCAGGCCUGUGGGGCAGGAGGACGUGGCACCCGCUCUGACCGCGUCCCCGGGGCAGGGCCGCGGCGGCGGCGUGGGGCCGGCGGCAGCGGCGGGCGCCCAUGGAGCUGCGGGCCGCCCCGCGCGCCCGCCCGGCGCCGUGGCGCUCGCUGCCCUGCCCGCGGGCCGAGCUGCGCCUGGAGCUGGUGCUGGCGAGCGGCCAGAGCUUCCGGUGGCGGGAGAGCAGCCCUGGGUGCUGGACGGGCGUCCUGGCCGGGCGCGUGUGGACGCUGACGCAGGCCGGCGAGCGGCUGUGGUACACGGUGUACGGCGACGAGGAGGAGGAGGAGGAGGAGGAAGCUGAGGAUGGGCAUCCCGCGGCGCCGGCACCCAAGCGGCGCCGCCGGCAGCGGUCGCCCCCCGCCUCGGGGCGCAGCCCGGAGCACCCGGGCGCCGAGGACGGCGCCGCUGAGCCCCCGGGGCCGCCUGGCGCCGAGACGGAUGGGAUCCUCCGCGACUACUUCCAGCUGGACGUGGGGCUGCCUGCGCUCUACCGGGCCUGGGGGGCGGCCGACCCCCACUUCCAGAGGGUGGCCGCCGACUUCCCAGGGGUGCGGGUGCUGCGGCAGGACCCCGUCGAGUGUCUCCUGUCCUUCAUCUGCACCUCCAACAACCACAUCUCCCGCAUCACGGCCAUGAUCGAGCGCCUCUGCCGGGCCUUCGGCCGCCGCCUCUGCUGCCUGGACUCGCAGCCCUUCCACGCCUUCCCUGCGCCGGAGGCGCUCGCAGGACCCGAGGCUGAGGCCCGCCUGAGGGCCCUGGGCUUUGGGUACCGGGCGAAGUUCGUGAGCCAGAGCGCGCGGGCCAUCGCGGAGGAGCUCGGCGCCGAGGGGCUGCGCCGGCUGCGCGCCGUGCCCUACGCCGAGGCGCGGAAGGUGCUGCGCUCCCUGCCCGGCGUGGGCGCCAAGGUGGCCGACUGCGUGUGCCUGAUGGCCCUGGACAAGGCGGAGGCGGUGCCCGUGGACACGCACGUGUGGCAGAUCGCCCGGCAGCGCUACGGCGCGGCGCUGCGCGCCAGGAGCCUGACCGCGCGGGUGCACGACGAGAUCGGCAACUUCUUCCGUGGGCUGUGGGGCCCGUACGCCGGCUGGGCGCAGGCGGUUCUGUUCUGCGCCGACCUCCGCAGAGGCCGGGAGCCAGCGAGCGGCGGGGGCCGGCCCGAGGGGGGCCCCUCCUAGGGGCGCCUCGGCCGGGGCGGGGGGAGCACGGGGAACGCGCCACGGGCGCCCAGGCGGCUGCAGGCGAAGGGAGUCACCGC